UAUUUAGUUGUCGUCUGACAAACUUUCGUUUCGUUUGUGUUAUGUUAGACAGUGGAACGAAUGGGCAUGUUUGUCGUUCAAAGACUGUAGACACCAUUUGCGUGCCCAUGAAUCCGGUGCUCGGAGAGCUACAGUUUAGAUUUCUCGAGCCAUCAGACGUGGAAGAGGUGAAAGAGUUGAGCAGAGACUGCUUUCCAAUCAACUACCCAGAUUCGUGGUUCGUCGAAAUUACCUCAUCUCCCAAGCUCUGCUCUCUAGCGGCUGUUCACUCAUCAAGGAUUAUCGGCAUGAUCGUUGUGGAAGUGAAACCGUUCACGUCAUGCAAUCACGAGGAUUCAGAUCUAUUGAGUUGUUCGACAUGCAAGGAUGCUCAAGUUGCAUAUAUUCUCAGCCUGGGUGUUGCCAAGCAACAUCGACGCUCGGGCAUAGGUUCUGUUCUUCUUCAACAAGGUCUAGAUCAUUUGCAAUCGUCGGGAAGAUUGAAAUCAGACUGCAAGGCUAUCUAUUUGCACUGCAUGGUGUCGAACUUGACGGCUCUCAAGUUCUACAAGAGACGGGGCUUUAGAGAGCACAGCUACUUGGCAAACUAUUAUGGAGCGAGUGCACAGUCAGCUGAUGCUUACUGCUGUGUCAAAUACAUUAAUGGUGGAGAGCCACCGUGGUCACUAAGUACUUUGGUGGUUGUGGUGAACAAGAUUUGUGCAGCACUAAAGGGCUUUAUGUCUUCUGUACCUUGUUGGAGUAAUCGACUGCUUCAGUUUGUACGGAGACAUGUUUGGUCGAGUGCUAACUCUUUGCCGACACGAAGAUUGUGAUUAAGUAAUGUGUUAGUAGGUUUGGUUGUUUUGUAGUGUACAGCAUAGAGAGGAAGGAUUUGAAUAAUAGGAAUAUGGA